AUGACGUCUACUCUCGUAGACUUCAAAGACCGCCAGUUCAUCGCCGUUAUUGGUCUCCUACUCGCCGGUAUAGGUCACGUAACCGCAGGCCCAACGCAAAAGAGGAACUUCCUUGUCGUCGACGCGAAGACCGAGACGAAAAAGAUCGAGGAUACAUUUGAGGACUUCACGAAGACGAGAAACGACAUUGGCAUCGUCCUCAUCAACCAACAUAUUGCGAACCGGAUACGGCACCAGAUCGAGGAGCACAAGGCGGCGUUCCCUACCAUCAUCGAGAUUCCUAGCAAAGACCAUCCCUACGACCCGGCGAAGGAUAGCAUUAUGGCGCGAGUUCAGUCGUUGAUGACCGCAGAAAGGAAGUGA